UGUCAGGGCAUGUCAAAACUUCUCCAGGGCCCCACAAAUCCUCAGACCCCAGAGGGUUAAAAGUUAAAAUUAGUUAUUUUUGCAUUUUUGAGAGAGAUUUCUAUCUUCCGGUUUGAAAAGUAAAGUCGGAGCAAUGUCACAAAAUCUGAUGUCUUUGUGUACUACUGGCAGGAUCCGGAGUGCUGUGUAGCAAAUUAGCUCAAAAUAAAUAUUAAUAAUAAAUCAUAACUAGUUAUAAUCAAUUAUUAAUAUUUUAAUCAGUUAAUAAAAUUAACUUAAUGUAAUAAAAUUAAUAUUACAAUCAAUUAACCUAUUGUUCAAUGAACACAGUGUUAAUUGUUUAUUAAUUCUAAGAAAUGUUCAUUUCCAGGUUAUGGAAAAAGAAAGUGACGCGACACUGGAGUAGGGAGGAAACAUUGGCUUUAAUUUCUGUUUGGAGCGAACCUACGUUUCAGUUUCAGUUUGAAAAUUGUAUCCAUAACCACAAGGUGUGGGAGGCAGUUUUUAAAAAAGUUUGUGAGGUUUGUCCAUCUAUUCAAAAUACCUUCGACUGGGUGAAGUGCAAAGACCGUAUAGAAUAUCUGAAACGACGUUACCGCGAAUGUGUGAAGCAUAACAAGAAGACGGGGUCGGAUCCACAACGCUGCCCAUUCUUUGAGGAACUGGACUCUGUUCUUGCUUGUCGUCCUAUGACUAACCCCGGGGAUGGACAUAUGGAUGUGUCAAGUUCAGAGGAAGGUGAAAAUUCUGGUACCAGUUCACACUCAUCUGGUAUAGCAGAGCCAUCAGGAGACCAAGCAGCUACAAUGACAGCAUCUGAUAAUGACAGUGGUCCAAGGUCAGAGCUGACCUCCAAUCCCAGCCAAAAUUCCAUCAUUACAAGGCGUAAACGCAACGGCAAAAAAAUCAUGGAAGCCAUGGAGAGAGGGAUAAACAUGUUAAUACAACAUGACAAAGAUACAACAGCAUCAGAGGUUGAACAGCGUCUUGACAAGGAGCACAUGGCCUGGGAGAGACAGUUCCAGCAGGCCAGACUGGAUCUGGAAAGAGCACGUCUUGAAUUUGAGAUGAAGCGUCAGGAAGCUGAAGACAGGCGUGCUCAAGAUACCCAUCAAUUCAUGGUUCAAAUUCUGCAAGUGCUUAGACCUGCAAUGCCACAGUAUGGACCCUCAACUUCGUUUGCACAAUAUCAACAUCCAGCUCAGCACUAUUAUCCACCUGAUCCAUUUGCUUUUCCACCUGGUGAAGCCUCACACCAAAAUCUGUCAAUAUCAGUUGUCCAAGAUCAACGUUCACUGUCUGACCAAAGAAAUGACCACUAGAUGUUCUGGGCAUUGUUUUUUUGCAAACAUUAUUGUGCAGUUGCACUUGUUUGUACAAAUUUAAAGAACUGUUCGAGGAACAAAAAUGUUGUGAAAAUGAAUUUUUUUUUUGCACUAUAUUACGUUUACAUUUUUGCACUUUAAUGCCUAAUGGUGAAACUUGAAUGUUAAAAUCCAGUUUACGUUAAAUUAAAGAGACAAAUGUUCAAUACAUGUCAUAAGUUUUAUUAGACAUAUAGAUUGUAACUUUUUUCGGUUCGUACAAACAGUUGUGUUGAUCUUACAGAAGAACCAGUUACAAAGGUGCUUGAAAUUAAAAAAAUAAAUAAAACUACCAAAAUAUUAAGCGAGUAUGUUUAAUCACAUUGCACACAUCAACAAUCACUGAUUUUCAGAAAUGUACCAUACUAAUACUUCACGGAUUUUCUCU